AUGAGAACACUUCCAUGGAAGAAGGGCAGUUCAACUACAGAAACUCGCCCGAAGAAAAGCAUCGCAUCAGUAGGCAGAUCUACGAAACGUUCACGUGUUGAAGCAUCUCCUUCAGACAGCGAUGAAGAUUUUGACCAUCUUCGCAAGCAGAUCAAAUCUGUAAAUCAUAGUCGUGAGCCAUCCACAUCGCCACCGCCAGAGCCUCCCGCUGAAAGAUUCAUGGAGGAAGGUCCAGAGCAUGACGAUAAAUAUCGUAUUGUUGAAGACGAGCUUUUGACGGUCGCGAAGUCAUUCACAGUACAUCUACACACGGCUGAAUAUAAAAGGCUCGGAAAAAUAGCCAAAACACGAAAUGCCGACACUAUCAAUUCCAUUUCAAGGCCGGUUGUUGGUAGAAUGUCUGAUGCGACCAAACGUAAGACCGAAGAGGUUACAAGGUCGAAAGAUCAGCGAAAUAUUCUAGAGAAAUUAGUUGGUAAGAAAGAGGGGGAGCUUUCGGACGAAAGUGAUGAAGAAACGUUGCCCUUCGUCGGAACCUCACUUUAUGGUCUGAUGGCAAGUCCCAAGAAGAAGAGAGGAAUAUCACUCAUGCAAAUUUCAUCGCCCACAAAAACUACAAGAGCAGCUGCAGGAUUCCGCAAUUCCACUAAAAUGAAAGCUGUACAACGCGCAACUUCUCCAACUAUGAAAGGCGAGACUGAAGUUAUGAUUCUGGACCCAAAUUUUACUGCUUCCGAAGACGAUGAUGAUGAUCUUGAUGGCCCUAUUUCGGCUCCAAAGUUCUCGUCCAGACCAAGUACCAAGAAAGACAUUCUGUAUACCAAGCCAACAGCCAGAUUACCAUCAGCACCACAACCAGCCAAAUCUAGUGCGCUACCAAGUCCGAAAGCUCCCGCGACUCUUGGUCCCAAAAUCUCUAAACCCACCAACGCUCCGACGACAGAUUCCUCGUCUCAGCCUUCUACCACUAAAGAUAGGAUAGCAAGAAGAAUCGCGCAGGCGAAACUUAGAAAGAAACAGGAAGAGGAAGACAAAGAUAAGCUCGACAUCAUACCUACGUUCUUAUGA